GCUAUACAGCAUUUUCAGUUGGUCCUGGACCAAUGUCAGGCCGGCCAUCCUGACCAGGCAGCAGCUCUUACCAACCUCGCGUGGGCUCGCCUUCAAGACUACAUCCAAAACGAUCCUCAAGACAUCGACUCUAUCACUUCUCUCUUCCGCGAAGCCCUUGCGUUGCGUCCGCAGGGCCAUCCCGAUCAUCCAUUAUCUAUCUAUCACCUCCUUCAAGCGUUGAUCUGGCGCUACAGCAAGGAGAACUUCACCGCCGCCUAUAUCCAUGAAUCCGCGCAACUGUCCUGCAAACUACUGCGCCUCUUCGUGCUCGAGCUCUGUCCUCUGGGCAAUGAAUACCAUCCCAGCGCCCUCCACGAGCUUGCACAGGCAGUAGAAAGACGCUUCAAACAAUGUGGUAGCAUUGACGAUCUAGAUGAGUGCAUUCAAUGUCGUCGCGAAGCCGUUUCUCUGUGCCCCGGGGGAAAUUCUAAAUACGAGUCCUACCUGAAUAACUUGGCCUUGUCACUCAAAUUCCGCUUCGAUUACCAAGGCAAAUUCCAUGACCUCAAUGAGGCCAUCUCUUUGUACGAAGAAGCGCUGCGCGUUGGGAACAAAUAUCGUGACUUUUCAUUGGACAACCUCGGACUUGCCCUCCUCACCCGUUUCAACCACUGUAAUGAUAUUAACGACAUCAUCAGAGCCAUCAGCCUCCAUCGCGAGGCACUGACAUUGUGCCCGCCUGGGAAUCCAUAUCAUGAUUACACGCUUAACAACCUUGCCCUCGCGCUCCAAACCAAAUCGGAUGCCAGCGAGGAUCUCAAUGAGAUCAUUGAGCUGUACCGGGAUUCACUUCUGUUCACGCGGCUUGAUGAUCCAGAGCGCCACAUAAAUCUCCACAAUUUGAGCUCAGCGCUCUGUUCUCGUUUCACGCAAACUCAUGAGAAUGAAGAUAUCGAGGAGGCCAUUCGACUGUGCCAAGAAUCGUUGGAGGCUUUGCCUUCACUGCAUCCAGACAGAUAUUUCGGCUACAUGCUGUUACAGGAAGCCUACUUGUCUCGUUACAGAGUGCAGUGCAAGUCUGCUGAUUUGUCACUCGCUAUGGAGAACUUUAGACUGGCAUCACGACAUCCCACUCAAGGAUUUCCGGAACGUAUCAAAGAGGCUGUAGACUGGGCUCGCCAAGCAGAAGCUUAUCGACAUGACUCUGCCCUCGAAGCAUACCAAGUGUGCUUGCAGCUUUUCGACAACCACAUCAUGACGCGAUCGACGAUUAUCUCACGGCGCGAGGCUGCGACCGCUUUUCGCGGUGCGCGAUCAUUGCCAAUAGAUGCAGCUUCAUGUGCUGUACGUCGUGACGAUCUGCGACAUGCAGUUGAACUCGUGGAACAGGGUCGUGGUCAGCAGUGGUCAUUGGCAUCCCGACUCAGGACUCCGCUGGAAGAUCUCGAGUCCACGAAUUCUAACAUAGCUCAUAAGUUCUCAGAGCUCAGCAAGUGUCUGGCUGAUGCUCAAGGUUCCACAGUCAGCACGGACGGAGCUAUUGCUGAUCAGGCAGCAGUAGAGUACAGGAGAAUUACAACGCAAUGGGAAGCUGCAGUAGCUGAAAUCCGUAAUCUUCAAGGUUUCUCGCGGUUCCUGCUCCCACCUUCAUACGAAGACUUGCAGGCGGCGGCGCAUCAUGGCCCAGUCAUCAUCCUCAUUGCAAGCCAAUACUCGUGCAGUGCCAUCAUUGUCCCGACGUCAGGAGAGCCCCACCAUGUUUGCUUCCCGCGCAUCACUCUCACACAUCUGGAGACGUUCAAGAAGGACUUUGCCAGGGAGAUACGGCAAGCGUCUCGCAUGCGUCCAGAGGAGACGAGGAAGGAAUUACAAGUCCUCUUACGGACAGUAUGGGACGAGAUCAUGCUACCCAUCGUCAUUGUCCUCCAACGAGAUCUCAGAAUAACGUGCCGCUCUCGAAUCUGGCUGUGUCCAACUGCAGCUUUCACUUCCAUUCCUCUCCACGCAGCUCACCUCUUUCGAACAAAGGCAGACGGACGUGGGCGGGAACUAUGCCUGGAGGAUGUCUACAUCUGUUCUUACACACCAACACUUUCAGCUCUGAUCAGGUCUAGACAGAUGAUGAAGACGCGUGUGACUCCGUCCUUUGCGGCAAUCGGACAAAGUUCACCGGGCGUGGGACAAGGCGAGGCGCUCUUGAAUAUCGACAGUGAGCUUGAGCUCGUCUGCAAGCUCGUCCCCAUGACCGCCAACCCCACCACUCUCUCCGGCGACGACGCCACGCGAGCAGGUGCCCUCGACGCAUUGCAAUGCAACACUUGGGUACACCUCGCUUGUCAUGGAAAGCAGGACCACGAGCAGCCUUACAAUUCACGUUUCGCCAUGAGAGAUGAACCUCUCACGCUACUUGACAUCAUGGAGAACGACACUCCGCACGCUGAGUUUGCAUUCUUAUCAGCAUGUCAUACCGCCGUCGGCGAUGAAGAGACACCCGACGAGGUCAUCCACCUCGCAGCUGGACUCCAAUUUUCUGGGUUCAAGAGCGUCAUUGGCACCCUGUGGGUGGUUGAUGAUGCUGUCGUGAAACACGUGGUCGAAGCUUUCUACGAGAAUAUGUUCAGUGAUUCGGAGGACGGUGUUGUCAUGGACUGUACGAAAGCGGCCUGGGCGCUCAACCGCGCUACAAAUGCCGUGAAGGCGAAAGUACCGCUUGAGCAGAGGAUGGUUUUUAUUCAUAUUGGUGUGUAG